AUGAAUCACGAUCCUUUUAGUUGGGGUAGGCCCGCAGAUUCCACUUAUGGUGCUUACAAUACACAAAUUGCCAACGCAGGCGCCUCUCCCAUAGCUAACACUCAACAACCGAUAGUAACAGGUACUUCCGUCAUAUCGAUGAAGUACAACAAUGGAGUUAUUAUUGCAGCAGACAAUCUAGGUUCUUAUGGGUCUCUUUUAAGGUUCAGUGGCGUGGAAAGGCUUAUUCCCGUGGGGGAGAACACUGUUGUGGGUAUCUCCGGCGAUAUCUCUGAUAUGCAACACAUUGAAAAGCUGUUGGAAGAUUUAGUCACUGAAAAUGCAUACGACAAUCCUUUAGCAGACACCGAAGAGGCACUUGAACCCAGCUAUGUCUUCGAAUACUUAGCUACUGUAAUGUAUCAGCGAAGAUCAAAAAUGAACCCACUUUGGAAUGCCAUUAUUGUCGCCGGUGUACAAUCUAAUGGUGAGCAAUUCCUAAGAUAUGUUAACCUACUAGGUGUUACAUAUUCUUCCCCUACUUUGGCCACGGGGUUCGGGGCACACAUGGCAAAUCCACUGUUAAGAAAAGUUGUAGACCGAGAAUCUGAUAUCCCGAAGACCACCGUGCAAACCGCUGAAGAAGCCAUGGUCAACGCGAUGAGAGUUCUUUAUUAUAGAGACGCACGUUCUUCGAGAAGCUUCUCGUUAGCUAUAAUUGACAAGGAGACAGGUCUGACUUUCAAGAAAAAUUUACAAGUCGAAAACAUGAAAUGGGACUUUGCCAAGGAUAUUAAGGGCUACGGUACUCAAAAAUUUUGA